GCUUUCUCCACGUUCUACCUUCAACUCCUCUCUUUGAUCUCUUUGUAAAAAGGGUUUUCUCCGUUUCCAUCGUUUUCACCGUCAAUAAAUAAGAACCCAAACUUGGAGCUUAAAUAUUCUUCCUUGUGCUAAUCAAAAGCAGAGUCCUUGAUUCUUCAUUAACAUAAAUUCCAAUAAAUACCCAAACUGAAGGGGGGAUGAAUGCUUUAGCUUCUGGUUUCGAUUUCAAAGGUAUUCAAGAGAAGGUUUCUCAUAGUUUGAGACCUUGGCAUCGCUCAUUUCAGUUCUGGGUUCGAGCAGCUGAUAUUUAUACUGGCUACAAGGUGUUUCAGCUUCGAGUGAGUUUUGUGAAGGAUGCGGAAAAGCAAGAAGCAAUGUGGGAAAAACAACAUGAGCUUGCUGCUGAUAAAAUCUACGCUAUGUGUUCUGAUCUUGGUGGGUUCUUCCUUAAGAUUGCUCAAAUUGUUGGGAAACCAGACCUAGCCCCGGCGGCAUGGGUGAAAAGGCUUGUUACUUUGUGUGAUCAAGCCCCAGCAACACCGUUUGAUGCCGUUCGGCUUGUUUUAGAGGAGGAUUUUGGUCGAAGUAUCAGCGAAAUUUUUGAAAACUUUGAAGUAAAUCCUCUUGGUUCAGCAUCGAUCGCACAGGUUCAUCGAGCAAGACUGCGAGGUGAUAAGAAUGAUGUUGUUGUAAAGGUUCAACAUCCAGGAGUCCAAGAUCUGAUGAUGACAGAUAUACGUAACUUGCAAGCAUUUGCACUGUACAUGCAAAAGACCGAUGUAAAGUUUGAUCUAUAUUCCGUUACCAAGGAAAUGGAAAAACAGAUCGGAUAUGAGUUUGACUUUCCAAGAGAAGCCAAUGCUAUGGAGAGAAUUCGCCGUUUCUUAUACGAGAAUAACAAAAAGACUCCAGUCUUGGUUCCGAGAGUGCGUCAAGGCUUGGUUACAAGGAGGGUCUUAGUGAUGGACUAUAUCGACGGAAUCCCAAUCUUGAAUCUUGGUGAUGAAAUGGCUAGAAGAGGAGUAAAUCCCGGUAGUAAGAUGGCUAUGGUGGCAAAGCAGAAUAUACUGAAGAGUUUGACACUAGCAUAUGGACAGAUGAUACUAAAGACCGGUUUCUUCCAUGCAGAUCCCCAUCCCGGAAAUAUACUGAUCUGUAAAGGUUCCGAGGUUGCCUUGCUGGACUACGGGCAAGUGAAGGAUUUACCAGACCAGUUGAGGCUUGGAUAUGCUAAUUUGGUUCUUGCCAUGGCUGAUAACGAUCCCGUAAAAGCAAUCGAAAGCUAUAGGGAACUUGGCAUUGUUACUGUAAGCAAUUGUAAGAAUGAACAACAGGAACUGCUUCGCUUGGCGCAGACGAUGUUUGAUACAAAACUACCUAGGAGUCGUAAUGCUGCAACCAUUCUCUGAUGAUGCUUCGAUAAAAAAAAUCGGUGUACAAUCUUUUCCGGAAGAACUGUUUUCGAUUCUUCGUACGGUACAUCUUCUGAGAGGACUUAGUGUUGGUCUCGGAAUCAACUACUCGUGUGCGGAACAGUGGAGGCCUAUUGCGGAAGAGGCUCUGUA